AUGGUGGACUGUAUGAGCAAAGUCAUGCUGCACUCGGUCAUCUCAUGCUGGCAGCCUUUCCUGGGACUGGCCCUCGUGGCUGUCUUUGUGAGUUCUACCUUGGGAUGUCCCUCACGCUGUGAGUGCUCAGCACAGACUAAGGCAGUUGUCUGUCACCGUAAACGUAUGCCCACCAUCCCGGAUGGCAUCCCUACCGAGACCAGGAUCCUUGACCUGAGUAAGAACAAGCUGACAAUGAUCAAUCCUGAUGACUUUGUUGCCUUCCCGGGGCUUGAGGAACUUGACCUCAGCGGAAAUGUUAUCAGCUAUGUUGAGCCUGGAGCUUUCAAUGCCCUGUUUAACAUGCACUCGCUGAGUCUUAAGAGCAAUCGUAUCAAACUCAUCCCGCUGGGUGUCUUCACAGCCCUCACUAAUCUUACCCAACUGGACAUAAGUGACAACAAGAUUGUCAUCCUCCUGGAUUAUAUGUUUCAGGAUUUGCAUAAUCUUAAAUUUUUGGAAGUGGGUGACAAUGAUCUGGUUUAUAUUUCUCACCGUGCAUUCAGUGGACUCAUAAGCCUGGAAACACUAACCCUGGAAAGAUGCAACCUUACAGUUGUGCCCACAGAAGCCCUCUCCCACCUGCAUAAUCUGGUUAGUCUCCAUCUGCGUUACCUUAGCAUAAGUGCUCUGCAUCCGUACUCAUUCAAAAAGCUUUUCCGGCUACGCCAUUUAGAAAUCGACAACUGGGCUUCACUUGACCACGUCCCAGCUAACACUCUACACGGCCUGAACCUCACAACGCUGUUUAUAACCAACACCAACUUGUCCUCUUUCCCCUACCAAGCCCUGAAGCAUCUGCCCUAUCUGACAUACCUCAAUUUAUCUUACAACCGCAUCAGGCACAUUGAGGGUGGUAUGCUGAUGGAGCUGGUUCGGCUGCGGGAGCUCCAUUUAGUCGGAGCUCAGCUCACCGCCAUCGAGCCAUAUGCCUUUCAAGGCCUGCGGGGCCUCAAAGUUCUCAACAUCUCUCACAACCGGCUGGACACACUGGAGAAGGGUGUUUUUCAGUCUCCCGAAGCUCUGGAGGUACUCCUGAUCGACAACAACCCUUUAGUUUGCGACUGCCGUCUCAUGUGGAUCCUACAGAAAAGGCACUCCAUCUUCUUUGGGGAUUCUCAGCCCGAGUGCAGCACACCCGAGGGCAUUCGCGGACGCCCUUUUAAGGAAUUUAAGGAGACUCUUCUGUCUUAUUACGUGACAUGCACGAAGCCAAAAAUCCGCGAGAAUAAAACGCAAACAAUCACAGUAGAUGAAGGCCAACAGGCGAUGCUGCGCUGCAGUGCUGACGGGACGCCGAGGCCCAGUGUGUCGUGGAUAUCCCCACGUCGACGAGUGCUCACCAACAGGAACCACGGAAGAGUGACGGUGCACAACAAUGGAACACUGGAGAUAAAGUCAGCAGAGAUGCAAGAUAGUGGAGUGUACCUUUGCCUUGCCUCCAACACGGCUGGGAAUGACACCCUGAUGACUUCACUUGCAGUUAAAAGUCUGGGAUCGCUGUAUGCUAACAGGACCCAGUAUUACACAGAUCCUAGCAACGCCACUGCCAACGGGACGGCCAACCAGAGGAAAAGGAAAACAUAA